AUGCCCUUCUCAUCCUGGCCUGAUGUUCCUCUACAUUAUGCGCUCCCAGCCGUCGCGGCCACGGCCGCAUACCUCAACGCUCGAUGGUCCCUUUCCUACGACCUGGGCAUGAUCAAGUCUCUGCUGAAAUUGACAGUCAAAACGCGCUCCGCAGAGCGAAUGGACAGGCUCAAUCUUUUCUACACACUCGAAAGCUACGCGCUGUCUCCCGCGACCGCGGACCGUGAAUUCAUUGUCUACGAGGGCAAGGCAUGGACAUUCCAUGAGACCUAUCUCAUGGCUUUGCGGUGGGGCGCAUGGUUCAAGAAAGAGCACGGUGUUCAACGCAAGGAGAUUGUCGCCGUGGAUUUUAUGAAUUCCGCGACCUUUUUGUUCGUUGUUCUCGGUCUUUGGAGCAUUGGCGCGGUCCCCGCUUUCAUCAACUAUAAUCUGACUGGCAAGCCACUGACCCACUCCGUGCGGACGUCGACCGCCAGGCUCCUACUUGUGGAUGAGGCUGUACGCGAUUGUUUCCCGCAGGAACAGCUAGAGACACUUUCGUCGUCGAACUUCCGAGAGGGAAAGGGACCGGUGAACGUGAUUUUUUUCACACCCGAUAUCGAGUCUCAGGUGCGGAGCACCGAGCCCACUCGGGAGGAUGACAAGGCGCGCAGCGGACAGUCUCCGCGCGACAUGGCCAUUCUGAUCUACACCAGCGGGACAACGGGAUUGCCCAAACCUGCCAUUGUGAGCUGGAAGAAAUGUUGGACUGGCAGCUUAUUCGUCGGUGACUGGUUGAAAAUGGGUGCUUCUGACCGUUUCUUCACUUGCAUGCCGCUUUAUCACUCGUCUGCCGCAAUUCUAGGCUUCGUGACAUGCUUGAAUAAUGGGUCAACAAUCAUUGUGGGACGCAAGUUUUCUGCCCGCAACUUCAUGAAAGAAGCCCGAGAAAACGAUGCGACGAUCAUUCAAUACGUUGGCGAGACGUUGCGUUACAUCUUGGGCAGCCCAGCCGAGAUCGAUCCAGUCACGGGCGAAAAUCUCGAUAAAAAGCACAAGAUUCGGGUCGCCUUUGGUAAUGGUCUUCGACCGGACAUCUGGAACCGUUUCAAGGAUCGUUUCAAUAUUCCCACAAUUGCCGAAUUUUAUGCCGCAACUGAAGGAACCUCUGGACAAUGGAACCUUUCAUCCAAUGACUUCUCGGCCGGUGCUAUUGGUCGCAACGGCGCCUUGGGCAACAUUAUCCUCGGCCGUGGCUCCAUUAUCGUCGAGGUUGACCACGAGACUGAGGAGCCUUGGCGUGACUCUCAAACGGGUCUGUGUAAGAAGGUGUCUCGGGGCGAUCCGGGUGAGCUUCUUUUCGCCAUCGACCCUAUCGAUCCCAGUGCGUCUUUCCAAGGAUAUUUCCAGAACAAAAAAGCGACAGAGGGUAAAAUCUUGCGGGAUGUGCUCAAGAAGGGCGAUGCCUAUUUCCGUACGGGCGACAUGGUCCGAUGGGACCAGGAAGGGCGUUGGUACUUUUCCGAUCGCAUUGGGGACACGUUCCGCUGGAAGAGCGAGAACGUUUCUACAAACGAGGUUGCCGAGGUUCUGGGGUCUCACCCCGACGUACACGAGGCGAACGUUUACGGUGUAGCCCUCCCCAAUCACGACGGUCGCGCCGGAUGUGCUGCAAUUGUGUUCAAUCAGCAAAUGGCCAGUGGUGAUACCACCGGCCCUGCGAUGGAACCCUCCUCCACAACUCUCCAUGGGCUGGCUACUCACACCCUGAAAAAUUUGCCGCGAUAUGCAGCGCCUCUUUUCAUUCGUGUGAUGCCCGCUAUGGCAUCCACCGGAAACAACAAGCAGCAGAAACAUGUCCUGCGCACCGAGGGUGUGGACGUGUCCAAAGUCUCUCAGAAUGAUCGCCUGUACUGGCUCCAGGGUGACAAGUAUGUUCCCUUUGGCCAAAAGGACUGGGAUCGGAUUAAUGGUGGACAAGUUCGUCUUUGA